ACCCGGAUCGAUGGAAUCUCAGAAGGGUUUGGGCGGGAAGGAAUCUUUAAGAUUAUCAGGAUCCACCCGCCCUGCGUGGGCAGGGACACCUCCCACCCGCCCAGCUUGCACCAGGCCCAUCCCACCCGGUGCUGCAGCUGAGAGACUUUGCCCUUUUCUGCUGGAACUGAACCAUUUUGCUUCCCGGUACCCCCGGAUGUCCCCUGCAGGAAUCCGGGCCGCCUCUUCCCGCAGCUCUGCGGAGCUCGGAGGGAUUUUGAUAGAAGUUUAUCCCUGAAAGACAGGAAACAAAUCAAGAACAAAAUGACUACUUUGGAUGACAAAGUGCUUGGUGAGAAGCUCCAGUAUUACUACAGCAGUAGUGAGGGUGAGGAUGAAGACAGUGACAAAGAAGAUAAGGACGAGGAGAGCACCAUUCCUGAAAGCGUUGGGGAAGUAGAGCUGAGCAGCGAUGGCAGUGCAGUCAACACAGGACCCAAGGGAGUCAUUAAUGACUGGCGAAGAUACAAACAACUGGAAACUGAACAACGGCAGGAGCAGCGCCGAGAAAUGGAACGACUCAUUAAAAAGUUAUCCAUGACAUGUAGAUCUCACUUGGAUGAAGAGGCUGAUAAGCAGAAGCAGAAGGAGCUUCAGGAAAAAAUCAAUGGAAAGAUGACAUUACAAGAAUACAACAUGAUUCACAACGAUGAAGAUGAUGAGGAGUUCUUGCAGCAAUACAGGAAGCAGCGAAUGGAGGAGAUGAGGCAGCAGUUGUACAGUGGGCAGCAAUUUAAACAGGUUUUUGAGAUUACCAGUGGCGAAGCUUUUUUGGACACAGUUGAUAAAGAGCAUAAGAGCACACUGAUCAUGAUCCAUAUUUAUGAAGAUGAUAUCCCUGGCACUGAGUCCCUGAAUGGCUGCAUGCUCUGCCUGGCUGCUGAGUACCCAACAGUUAAAUUUUGCAGAGUGAAGAGUUCACUCAUUGGUGCCAGUGCUCGCUUUACUAACAAUGCUCUGCCAGCUUUGCUGAUCUAUAAGGCAGGUGAGCUCAUUGGCAAUUUUGUGCGAAUCACUGACCAGCUUGGAGAAGAUUUUUUUGCUGUUGAGCUGGAGGCUUUUCUGCAGGAAUGUGGCUUGCUUCCAGAAAAAGACCUAGUUCUCCUGACUUCUAUACAUAAUCCAUCUGCAUGUUACAGUGAAGACAGUGAUCUGGAAAUAGACUGAAUUGCUCACAGCAGGGAUCAGUAGGUGUAGUUGUACAGUGGCCUGUUCUUGUGCUAGGGAUUGUUCCUUUUCUUCCUUAGACUGGGUAUGUAUUCUCCCCCUUCAUGCACUUUGACUUUUGCUUGUUAAAAAGUAACUUAAGGAAUGCCUACCAUUUUUCUUAAAUUAAUUCAAUAAAGUACAUGCUAAAACAG